GCUGCUACCCAACCAGGAAUGUCAGUAGCUAUGCUGGCACCUACUAAACCCACUGCAACACCAUGUGUGGAGGAUUCUCCUGUUACUCCACAUGAAUUCUUGAAAUGGCUGAGUGAUUCAUUGAAGGGCUUAAAUAGCUCUGUCAAUUUGGAAGGGAUCACUUCGAUGCUUUUCUCAUUCCCACUCAACCCAGACCCAUCAAUGAUCGAGAUUAUUUCUGACCUUAUCUAUGCCAACAGCACAACACUUGACAGUCACAGGUUUGCUUCGGAGUAUGUAAACAAGUGCAAGGCUGAUGCUGCAGCAAGGCAGAAUGCUGCCAGCAUAGGUGGUAACAGUGGCAAGCCUAUUUCAAUCACAGACAUUGUGAAGACCCAACCAAAGACCAUCCAACAGGAGUGGGGUUUCAAGGUAGUCAACAAGAAAAAGAAGGGAGGCAGGUUGUAA